AAGAGAGCAGCUUCUCCCAUAAGAUUUGAUGCCCUUGUGCCCUGCUCUCCGAUAAGAUUUUGAUGCACGGUACACUGCAUCUUUAAAUAUGGAAGCAAACAAACCGACCUUCAAAAGACAAAAAACAAGCCGCAAAACCAGGACAUUUUAAGGUAGGAAACUUGAAACGAGUGUUGCCAUAAAUACAGUCCAUUAGGAGUAGCAUAGCAUGGGAUAUGGAGCAGCGUUUGAUCUUCUCUCGCAAGACGAUCUCUUAUUGUCAUCGCUGUUCGACGAAAGCGAAGACCAUCGGCAUCAGAAGACGGUGACUCCUCAAGUAUCGGACCCUGAGUAUGCCCAGGAGCUGCAGUUUCAGGAGGUUUUAGAACUCUCCUGUGUGAUGAGCAUGAAUCCUGCAAAAAGAGAUACUGGGUCUUCUAGUUCUUCAGUGGUCGUGACUGAGGCGAACCUUAACCCAGGUCAAGUGAAAAUCAUAGACCCGGUUGAGAUGGGUGUUCGAGAAGAUGGUGGUGAGUCGUCAGAGAGCUUCUGUGAGAUUUGUGCAGAGAGAAAAGAGGCCGAUGAGAUGUUCAGGAUCAGGACCGCGUGUUCUCACGCCUUUUGCUCUCUCUGCAUAAGCAGGCAUGUGGAGACCAAAGUCCUGGACAACGUGACCACCAUCAAAUGCCCAGGAUUGGAGUGUGAGGGUGUCCUAGAAAUUGAUUCCUGCAGGCAAAUCCUCCCUGAGAAUGUUCUCUCCGUGUGGGAGAAAUCGCUGUGCGAGGCGAUGUUUCACGAGUUGGAGAAGUUCUAUUGCCCUUUCAAGAACUGCUCGGCCCUUCUGAUCAAGGACUGUGAUGAUGGGAAGGUGAUUAGGGAGUGCGAGUGCCCAUAUUGCCAUAGGCUGUUCUGUGCCGAGUGUUCCGUGCCGUGGCACGCCGGCGUGUCGUGUGAGGAGUUUCAGUCGCUGAAUGAGGAUGAGAGAGGGAGGGAGGAUCUCAUUGUGAGGGAGCUUGCGAAGGAGAAGAAAUGGGGGAGAUGCCCCAAAUGCAAAUUUUACGUGGAGAGGACUCAGGGUUGUCCUCACAUCACUUGCAGGUGCCAGUUUCAGUUUUGCUAUGGAUGUGGAUCAGAAUGGACUCAAUCUCAUGGUGGUUGCGCAAGAAACUAAGGAGCAAAAGGCAUGGAAUAGAAGGCCUAACCAUGUAGUGUGAUCAAUUGCAUUUGAAUUUAUGGUUGAUUAGAACUUAUGGUACAGAAGAGAAACAACAUGAUCAAGGUUUUUGGUGAAGCUCCAUAUAGUAUAUGGGUUGCACCUACUCUGCGCUUUUUCUUUUGGUAUGCUUUCUUCAAGUUUGAGCUUCCGGUUAUCUGAUGAUAUUUUUUUUUAGGAAUAUCACUGAACGAUCAUUCGAUACAACUCACAGUGACAAAUGUUGAUCAAUUUAUCAGCAGAUAUGUCUAAUCCAAACGGUUCUAGUUUGCUUUCCCACUUCAACCUUGUGGCUUGUUUGAAUUUUUCCUUAUUUUCAACAAAAGUGACUGUGCCUUGUGCUUUUUAUGAGUUUA